UCGGUGACUGGGAGGGGGAGCGUCGCGUGGUCGUCUUCCCGUUCCCAGGGUCCCGCUGACAGCACACCCGCAGUGAAGGCUGCUGAUCCACCCCUUUCUUCCAUAACUAACAUUUACCAUGGCGUCAAGGAGAGCUCUACACUUUGUCUACAAGAUUGGGGAUCGGAAGGCCACCGCCAAAUUCUACAGAGAUGUUUUGGGGAUGAAGGUAUUACGCCAUGAGGAGUUUGAUGAAGGCUGCAAGGCUUCCUGCAAUGGGCCAUAUGAUGGGAAGUGGAGCAAGACCAUGAUAGGGUAUGGGGCUGAGGACAACCACUUUGUGUGUGAACUGACCUACAAUUAUGGUGUCUCCCAGUAUGAAAUGGGGAAUGACUUUUUAGGAAUGCACAUCGAUUCCCAGGAGGCUGUCGAGAGAGCCAAGAAGAACGACUGGCCAGUCAAGGAUGAGGGAGACCAUAGUGUCCUUGAGGCACCUGGUGGCUACAAGUUUAUCAUUAAUCACAAGCCACAACCUGCUGACAAAGACCCAGUGCAGCAAGUUGUCCUGGCUAGCAGCAACCUGGAGAAGUCUGUGGAAUAUUGGAAGGAUCUGGCUGGCAUGACUGUGUACAGCAAGACUGACAAAAGUGCAACACUAGGCUAUUGUGAGACUCAAGCCAAACUGGUGCUGCAGGACAUUGGCGGGGAAGUAAAUCAUGCCAAGGCUUUUGGACGGAUCGCCUUUUCUGCUCCUGGAGGUGACCUGCCAGGCAUUGAGCAGAAGAUGAAGGAUGCCAACCAGACCAUCAUCACCCCGUACAUCUCCCUGGACACGCCUGGCAAGGCUACAGUCCAGGUGGUCAUUCUGGCAGACCCGGAUGGUCAUGAAAUCUGCUUUGUGGGAGAUGAAGGCUUCCGGCAGCUGUCUGCAGUGGACCCCAAAGGUGAUGAACUGCUCAAUGAAGCCAUGGAGAAGGACAAGUCUGAUGAAUGGUUCGCAAAGAAGGGUGGGAAGGCUGCUGCGUAGACAUGACAAGAAUCACAACUGCCUUGAUAUUAUGGUUGCAUUUUUCUCUUUUGUAUUGGUCUGCUUUAAUGAGGGAUAAUUGAUGACCACUUUUUAUAUAUCUAGAAUUAUUCUCCUUGUAAUGUUGAAUGUAUCCUCUGUGCAUGUCUUUAAAGGUGAUUGUGGUCUUCCUUUUGUUUGUGAACUGACGUUUGAUAGGAACUUAUGAGUUUAGCAUAACUGUACUUAGUCCUGCAAUCAUGUCAAUAUGUUUAUUGAAGUUGGCUAUUUAAGUGAUCUACAGCCUCUGUGGUUCACCAUAGACUCAACUGGUCUAAAUAUAGAUAUUUUAAGUACAUGGAUAAAUUGGAAGGUAGUAAAAUAAAUAGAAGUGUAUUUCCCUGGCAUGCAUUGUUUUAGAUAUUCCAGAGGUGAUCAGGAAACCCCAUGUAAGCCUUAGAGUGACUAGCAUAGUGGAGCAGGACAGGAGCAGCCAUGAAUUGUCUGUCUUCCUGCACUACUUCCUCACUCACGUGCAAAUGAAUAUAUGGGUAAUGGAAGGUUAUGAAAACAAAUAGGUUUGGUUAUAAAAAUAUUGUAGUCUAUAUAAUUGUUAGGAGACUCAGCUUUAUUCUAUAGAGGUUUACUGAAUUGAGGUAAACUUAUACAUGAUCAGCUUAGUUUAGGACCUAAAUAUGAUAAUUACAAGAGGAUUCUGUCCUAUCCCUUUCUUGCAUAUCAUAAUCCUUUUUAGUCUUUGUGGCCUUCUUAUACUUUAGCUUUGCACAGUGGUAGUGUUGCAACCACUAAAACCAAAUCAAGGUCUUUUGGAGUGCAAUGUUGAUCGUAUGUUUUAUAUCAGCUGUUUUGGGGAAAAGUUAGAAAUUUUCUCAUGUGUAGUCAAGGUAAAGAAUGUAUGUCAAUUUUUUUGGGGCAACUUUAAUCCUGUGUCAUUUGUCUUGUAAUAAAUGCAAUGGAUAUGUUGUGUACUGAAGAAAAGAUA